AAUUGAAAAAUGGGAGAAGAAGUAUCUCUAAAUUCUCUUCGCAUGCGUGCCCAGCACAAUACCCGAAGCCUCGCUCUCCUUGGAUCCAUGUCCUCUGGAUUUUCGCCCGCACCACCCGUUCGACAAAAAGCCACACCCAAACGUUACAUCAUAUUUUUAAUCUCUCUCAUGAUUAGCCAUGUCUUAUUGUCUGGCUGUAACUCUACUCUAAGCCCAUUGUUCUUUGGCCGGCUAAAUUCCCUGUUACAUAGCGUGUCAGCACAUGGAAAAAUAGGUGCAAACACGCGCAAAUUUGUAGAUUUUGGAGAUAUAGAGAAGUGGGUCAAACUCAAAAUAGUUCAGAUAUCCAAACGGAAAUGGAUUUUGGGGCAAGCUCGAAUCUUUAUAGAAACUAGUAUAAACGUUUUCAUUUUUUUCACCUUCUCAUAUAUUUUUAACUGUGUUUUUCUAUAUAGAUGUAUAUAUAAAGUAGAAUAGAGUAAGGUACUUGCCAUACUGUUGCUGUCUUUAGGAACAAUGGGUUGGACUUUUCAUGAGCAAGAACAUGGAGAGCACAGCAGGGCUGUAAAGAGAGAGUCUUUAUGACUCAUCAUUGCUGUUUGUUUUUGCUAAUGAGUAUGACCAAAAGUUGACUCGGUAAACUCUGGGCUUAUCUCACUUGUUUUUUUUUUAUUUAUUUCUUUUUCUUUCAUUGAGAACGGGGUAUUUGUGGUUGAGAUGGUUGGUGGGCUGCCCCAUUUUGUGGGGUUUGUUUAUUAGUGUAUGCUUAAUUAAUGAAGUGCUGAGCUGUGGGAAUAAUAAUAUCAGGUUCUCUGUUGUUUGAAAUGAAUUGAUUGAAAUGAAGGGAUGCUUUUAUGGCUUGGGUUUGUAAGAGAGAGAGAGAGAGAGGGAAUUUGAAUUGAAUUAGACAUUUAUUUGAGAGGAGGAGGACUGACACGAAGUGAGUCUUUUCUGUGAACGAAAGAAAAGAGGCUGCGUCUGAAAUUUGCCUAUUGAUGGCUCCUGCUGGGAAAAUUUCUGGAUUCCACCGUGAAGGAAAUGACUGGUUCUGCAAUGCAAGUUUGCGAAGUGAUAUUACAGUGGUGGUGGAUGAAGUGAACUUCCAUCUUCACAAGUUUCCUCUUAUUUCAAGAUGUGGGAAGAUAGCAACUAUCUGUGAAGAAUCUCAAAGUACCACUGAGGAGAUAUUGACAGUAACACUUGAAGAAUUUCCUGGUGGUGCUGAUACAUUUUUCAUUGUAGUCAAAUUCUGUUACGGUGGCCGGGUAGAGUUCACACCUAGAAAUGUAGUAAUUUUGUAUUGUGCAGCUGACUAUCUUUGUAUGACUGAUGAUUAUGGUGAAGAUAAUUUACUGUCCAAGUCGGAGAGUUUCUUCCAUAAGCAUAUUCUACGGAACUGGAAGGAUUGCAUUUUGGCUCUCCAAAGUUGUGAACCAGUUAUUGCAAGAGCAGACAAACUUCAAAUCAUAAGUAGAUGUAUGAAUGCUUUAUCUGUGAUGAUUUGCACAGAUCCCUCUUUAUUUGGGUGGCCUAUGAUGAUGUAUGGCAGCCUGCAGAGCCCUGGAGGAAGCAUUCUGUGGAACGGGAUAAAUACUGGUGCAAGGAUCCAGAGUAAUGAAUCUGACUGGUGGUUUGAGGACAUCUCUUAUCUCUGCUUUGAGUUGUUUGAGAGGUUAAUUCAGACAAUGGAAGCCAAAGGAAUAACACCUGAAAAUUUAGCACGUGCUAUAAUGUACUACUGUAAAAAAUAUCUUCCAGGGUUGGGCCGAUGGCAGGGAGGCCAAAGUGGCAUAUCAAGAUCAGUUGCUAGUUUCAGCAUGACACCUGCCACUGUUAAUCAGAGGGCACUCUUGGAAAGUGUUAUCAAACUACUGCCUGAGAAGAAGGGUAAAUCUUUUUGUCGUUUUUUACUUGGACUAUUACGUGUUGCAUUGAUCUUGGGAGUUAACCACACAUGCCAGGAUUCUUUAGAAAGGAGAAUAGGUGUACAGCUAGAGUUGGCGACCCUGGAUAGUUUACUUAUACCAAGUUAUUCAGAUUCUGAUACUUUAUAUGACAGCGAUUGUGUUGAAAGGAUGAUUCAUCAUUUUGUAUCUUCUGAAACAAGUCUGACUUCUAUAUCUCCAACAUCGUUUGACCUGGACACAUCACCAUCAUUUGGACGCUUGAAGAGAGUUGCUAAAUUGGUAGAUAAUUAUAUUGCAGAGGUCGCUUCUGAUGUUAACUUGAAGCCGACAAAAUUCCGGUCAUUGGCAGAAGCAUUGCCAGGAUCUUCCCGAUCUUUGCAUGAUGGGCUAUACCGAGCACUAGAUAUAUACUUUAAGUCACAUUCCUGGCUCUCGGAGAAAGAGCGGGAGCAGCUCUGCAGCAUCAUUGAUUUUCAGAAGCUCUCAAUCGAUGCUUGUGCCCAUGCAUCUCAAAAUGAAAGGUUACCACUCAGAGUUGUAUUACAAGUCUUGUUCUUUGAGCAGAUGCAGUUGCGAACAGCUUUAGCCGGUUGCCUCCAUCUUCUGGAUACCGAAACUGCCCCCGCCGGUCCCAAUGAAGCAACUGGCCAAAGAAUCCAACGAGACGGAUGGGUAACAGUGGUCCGUGAGAACCAGGUGCUGAAAACAGACAUGGAAAGAAUGAGGUCUAGAGUUGUUGAAUUGGAAGAAGAAUUCAGUCAAAUAAAGGAGGAGAUGAAAAAGGUGACCAAGUCACAUAGUUACAUCAGUUCUCCUCGCUUUCUUGCUAGAGGGAUUGGAUGCAAACUGCUUCCUCGCUCUUCAAAUGUUGAGCAUGACAUCCUUGAGAGCACAGCACCCACUCCAAGAGCGUCAGUGGAACAGGCACAACCAUCCACCCGUUCUCUUCAUAGAAAAAGCUCUUCUCUUUUUUGAGUACGCUGGUCCAAGAAUGCCAUGUUUCUUGCUUCAUGCUUCCAAGAAGUUGGCCAUGGUAAAAUUUGCUUUCUCAACGCUAGAGCAAUUAUGGGACAAGGGCUUAUGAAACACAAGCUGGCAAUACUUGCCUUCGUCCCCUCACAUUGUGCAGGCGACAAAUUUUGGCAAUGGAGUAUUCUUUUGCACCGGUAAUGCUCUGUAGGCUACUUCAUGGUAGCAAAACAUAGUGGUAGAUCACGAAAGGGCUGGGGCAAAAAGUCUAGUAGCAUAGUGGCACUUCAUUUUCUGUAAUUCUGGAAUCAUUUUCUACUAUCUACUAGGCCUUUUUCCCCGGUUUCGUCUAGCUCCUGCUUGCCCAGCUUCCAUACCAGUAUCUCACAUUUCAAUCCCAAAGGUUAGCACAUUUACUUAGUGUCUCUCAUAUCCAUGUUGUGACAGUUACAUACAAUUCAAACAAGAUGAAAUAUAGCUUUGUAAAGCAUAGGAAAAGGUGUGAAUUUUAGUUCUUUGUUGAAAAAUGAUUGUACCUAACAGUGAUUCAUAGAGUUAUAAUUGAAUUCUCUUUGUUUUUA